GAAGUAGAAAGAACUGCUUCCGCUGUGUACUUGCCUGUAGCAUUUGGAACGCAUGUUACUGCGCAUUAGAACGCGGAAAUAAAUGUUUUAGAUUAAAAAAAGAACAAUAUCUGCCUGCUCUGUCACUCCACUGUUGGCGAGGACAAGCAAUAUCUGAGGAUUGUGUGUGCCACUGCACCUAGAAGUACAAAUAAUCCAUGCAUGCGAUGUGUGAGCAUUCUAUCCUGUCUCAGGUUCAGCACAACCGGCAUAGAGAGUUUCAGGUUGUCUCCUAGCUUCUAUGUCUUUCCGCCGGGAACUUCGUGCUCUGCGCUAUAUUCAGAGAGGUGAUGUGCUCAAACUGAAGUCUUAUCUCCGCCGGCACAGGCACUUGAUCCUUGACCAGCCUCUGCCUGAUGGCUUGAGUCUUCUACAUGCUGCCUGUGCGUUUCAUGAGGAUGCAUGUGCCCUGCUUCUAUUGCGCAAAGGAGCAAACCCUUUAAAUAGCGACUCUGCAGGAAACAAUGCUCUGCAUGUGGUAGCUAAGGAGGCAAAGAGUGGUUGGAAGGAGGCAUACAAAGACCUUGUUGUCCCAAUACUCAAGAGAUGCCCGAGAACCCUGGAUGCCCCAAAUUUUCAGGGUACCACCCCAAGAGACAUCCUGAGACAAGUAGAACAUCUAAUUUUUGACCAACCCCAGCAAGCAUGUUCCAUGUGGACACAAAGAGACCCCUCAUCUCCAGAUAUGGCAGACUGGAACAUGAAGAUAAUGGCAGAGAGCAUGGAUGAGUAUCAGGAGAUGUAUGGACUUUAUGAGGAUGACUGUUUGGAAACCCUACCUGAACCUGAAACUUUUGAGGACUGGGCUGAUCGAAUUUACAGGGAGUACCAGUCUAGGCAUUGUCAGUCACGGCACUAUGGAACCAAAGCACACAAGGGUCCUGUUGGAAAUACAGUAAAUAUUUUGGAGGAGCAAAAAUAUCUAGACAGACAAAAACAAAUGGCAAAUGAACUUCGCAAUGCCCAAAGGCAGCGGUAUCAAAAACAGUGUGAGGAAGUCUUUGGAAGAGUGGGCUCAGACAGAGACGGUGACAUGAAACUGGCAGAUGUGGAAGGAUGGGACACUGAAAAACACAGAGAAACAUUCAUAGAAACAGAUACAGGAAGGGGAGAAGACAAUAAAGAUAAUGGGCCAGGUACCAAUCUGCUUGGGUUCAAUGACAUACCUUGGCCUGUGCGAGGAGGCACUGCUGAGGAGAUGGCACAGUAUAUAGCAGCAGGUGCAAACCCUUCAACCCCUACUACAUAUAGACGUUACCUUCGGACACAACAGGUAACAUGGCAUCCUGAUCGCUUUCUUCAGCGAUGUGGAAGUCGUCUUCGAGCAAGAGAUAGAGAACGAGUGCUUGGGACUGUUACAGCUUUGUCACAAGAACUUAAUAGGCUGGCAGAACAAGUAAAAUGACACAUACUUUUUCACAUAAUGUGAUUUUUUGGGACUUUUUAUCUGCAUUCACAUUCUGAACAAAAAUGAUCCGUCUCUUCUCCAGUAUUUAUUUAUUUUUUUUCUGCAUCCUUCCUAUUUCUUUAUCUAUCUCACCGGGGGUUAUUUAAUAACACUGGACAGUAAGGGCUGUGGCACACAUAGGGAGUAGUCGCCCACGACAAAUCUCCCUUGUCGCAGGCGGCUAAUCUCCCCGAAAUGCCAUCCCACCAGCGAUGGAAUGGCAUACGCGGUGCCGCAAUUUGCCUGAAAACGUGGAAGUUUCCUCUCAAGGCGCCGCGUAUGCUAUCCCACUGGAGAUUUACAUUUCGGGGAGAUUUGUCGCGGGCAACUAAUCUCCCAUAGUGCCAGAGCCCUAACCAGUAGCAACCAGUCAUUAAUUAGCUUUCUUCAGCCAGCCACUGGUAGAAAAAUAAAAGCAAAAAUGUGAUUGUAUGCCAUUUGUUACAGCCCAUGUGCAAAUUUGCCCACUGUUGAGUGCCACUGUUUAACUUCUGUGAAUUUUAUACACAGAUGUAUAACUUAACAAAUGUUUAAAUGCAUUAAAAAAAUAUAUUCUUUAUUGCUAUAGACAACAA